CAAUUUGUACACAUAAAUCAAACAGGUCUACAAAGCGAUAUCUCUGGAAGAAAAAGCAUUUUCCGAUUUUGUAUCAACUUUUUAUGCACGCUGUUAAAUAAUUUAUUCUUUCAUUUGUUUUCAUUUCCCGGAGCUUUAAUUUUUUUCCCUUAAAAAUGGAUGAUGGAGAUUAUGAUAAUGAUGAUGUCGGAGGUGAUGACUUCGAUGAUGUUGACGAGGAGGACAACAUUGAUGAUAUUAACCAAGAGGAGGAAGCUGAUAAUAUCGAAAUUAUAGCACAAGGCAGCGCAGGUGGUGGAGUACCUAAGUCAAAACGUAUUACAACAAAGUAUAUGACGAAAUACGAACGUGCGCGAGUGUUGGGUACGCGAGCUUUACAGAUAGCUAUGUGUGCCCCAAUAAUGGUGGAAUUAGAGGGCGAAACCGAUCCUCUUCAGAUUGCUAUGAAAGAAUUAAAACAGAAAAAGAUACCAAUUAUAAUACGACGGUUUCUGCCAGAUCACUCAUAUGAAGAUUGGAGUAUAGAUGAAUUAAUUAUAGUAGACCAUUAAGAUUUGAUAUUAAAGUAAAAUUAUUAUUUUGUUUGAAUAUAUAUAUUUAAAAAAAAGUUAACU